GUAAAAGGGAAGCAACAGCAGCAGGAGCGGUUGAAGCAGGAGCGGCAGCAGGGGAUGGAAAGCAAGCAGCAGCAGCAGCAGCACCCACAGAAGCACCCACAGCAGCAGAGGGGGCCAGUGAGCGCACUGCCGGCGUACGACAUGCGGCAGGUGGCGCAACUGAUUUGGUCGUACGGGCAAAUGACCCCGAGAGCGCCGUACAGCAAGAUGUACUACCGCCCCCCGCGUUGCCUGAUCAGGAGGUUGCUGGGGCUCUGCUAUCUUUCCAUGACGUCGCCAAGACACGGGGGCGUACGGCAGCAACACCUGCAGCAGCAGGCCGGCAGCAGCAACCCCAGCAGCCCCAGCAACCCCAGCAGCCCCAGCAGCCCCAGCAGCCCCAGCAACCCCAGCAGCAGCCGGGGUGUAUCCUGGCACUACUCCGUGUUACGUCCCGCUGACGUGGCGGCGGUGGUGGGGGGGCUGGGGCGGCUGGAGGCGCGGCCCGGGGGCAGGUGGAUGCGGCAGCUGAUCCGUUGGACAGCCCCCCGCCUGCCCGCCUUCCGCUGCCGAGACCUGGCGGCGCUGCUGCAGGGCCUAGCUCGGCUGGAGGCAGCGCCGCCCCCGGGGUGGUUGCACAGGGCCGCUCGCUGUCUGCGCACCCAGCUGCCGUACGCCUCCCCCCGGGAUGCGGCCCAGGCGCUGAGUGGGCUAGCAGCACUGCUGGGGGGACCGCCCUCCUCCUCCUACUCACUCACCUCACCCGCCUCCGCCGGCAGCAGCAGCGGGGCGGGGCAGGUCAGGCUGCCGGGCAGUCUGAUGCGGGAGCUGAGGGUUCAGGUGCCCGCGCUGCUGCGGAGGCAGUACGACAUACUAGCGUCUGCCGGCAGUGGCGGCGGCGGUGGCGGCAGCGAGGGUGACGGUGGCGGUGGCGUCAUUCAGGCGAAUGGAAGGAGGAGGGGAGGAGGCAACAACAGCGGCAUCCGCAGCCGCAACCCCAGCGGUGGCGGCAGGGGCAGCGACCGGCGCAACGGAGCUGCUGCGGCCACCGCUGCCGCUGUUGCCACCGCCACUGCAGAGGAGCAGCGGCAGGAGGCGGCGGCUGUAGCAGCCUACCUGAGAUCAUCGUACCGAGAGCUGUUGAGCAUUGUACGGCAGUCGGAGGCCGCGGGGGCGGUGGCGGCGGUGCAGCAGCGGGGGUGGCGGCGAGGGCAGCUGAGGAGG